CAACAUGAAGUUAGGCAAGCAUUUGCCAUUUUCGGCUAAAAGGUUGGCAACCAUUUUUCUAAUGUGCAUUAGCGCCGGAUCAUACGAAAAAUGAUAUUUUGCGUCAUUUAGAUAAUUUUAAGCAAUAAAUCUCGUGGAAUUUGCAGAAUGGCUUACCAUUACGUCGUCACGGCCCACAAGCCAACGGCUGUAACGGCCUGUGUUACAGGCAACUUUACUUCCCCCGGCGAUUUGAACUUAAUUGUGGCCAAAAACACAAAAUUGGAGAUAUAUUUAGUCACCCCCGAAGGUCUCAGGCCUGUCAAGGAAGUCGCACUGUAUGGGAAAGUUGCCGUUAUGAAAUUAUUCAGACCCCAACAUGAGAAGAAGGAUUUAUUGUUUAUUGUGACUAUGCGUUACAAUGCUAUGAUCCUUGAAUGUGUGAAUGAUGCCGAUAAUUUGGAUAUUAUCACUAAAGCCCACGGUAAUGUUGCUGAUAAAAUCGGGAAGCCAUCAGAGACAGGCAUCUUGGCCGUGAUUGACCCCAAGGCCCGAGUGAUCGGUUUACGUCUCUACGAUGGGCUGUUUAAAAUUAUACCUCUGGAAAAGGACAAUUCUGAACUAAAAGCGUCAAAUAUAAGAAUUGAUGAGUUGCAAGUGCAUGACGUGGAGUUCCUCCAUGGUUGUGCCAACCCCACCUUGAUUCUCAUCCACCAAGACGUAAACGGGCGUCAUGUCAAAACCCACGAAAUCUCCCUCAGAGAAAAAGAGUUUGUUAAAGUCCCUUGGAGGCAAGACAAUGUCGAAACUGAGGCCUCCAUGAUCAUCCCUGUGCCAUCGCCGCUAGGGGGUGCCAUAAUAAUCGGCCAAGAAAACAUCCUCUACCACGAUGGUAUCACUCCCGUGGUCGUGGCCCCUGCUGUUAUCAAACAGAGCACCAUCGUAUGCUACGCCAAGGUUGACCCCGGGGGCCUGCGCUACCUCCUCGGUGACAUGGCCGGGCACCUUUUCAUGCUAUUUCUGGAAGUGGAUAAUCGGGGCGACGGUAACGACGUCGUUAAAGACUUGAAGGUGGAAUUGUUGGGGGAAAUCGCGACGCCUGAAUGCAUUACGUACUUGGAUAAUGGAGUUUUAUUUAUUGGAUCGAGAUUGGGCGACUCGCAGUUGGUGAAACUGACCACUAAACCAAACGAGAGUGGGUCGUACGUUACCGUGAUGGAGUCUUUUACGAAUUUGGCGCCGAUUUUGGAUAUGUGUGUCGUUGAUUUGGAGAGACAGGGGCAGGGACAGUUGGUGACGUGCUCGGGGGCCUUCAAGGAGGGCUCCUUGAGGAUUAUAAGGAAUGGUAUUGGGAUUCAGGAGCAUGCGUCGAUUGAUUUGCCGGGGAUUAAGGGCAUGUGGGCGCUGCAAGUGGCAUCAGAUGGCCGUUACGACAAUACCUUAGUCCUCGCUUUCGUGGGCCAAACUCGCGUCUUGAGCUUGAACGGUGAGGAAGUUGAAGAAACGGACAUUGCUGGCUUCGCCUCCGACCAGCAGACUUUCUUUUGCGGCAACGUCAUCCACGAACAAAUCGUACAAAUUACCCCAAUCUCUGCCCGUCUAAUAUCAGCUCAAAACAAAACUUUGUUGGCGGAAUGGAAACCGCCUAGCGAUAAAAACAUAGCAGUAGUGGCAUGCAACACGUGCCAAAUAGUGGUUUCGACCGGCUCUAUUUUGUAUUAUAUUGAAAUCCACCAAAAUGAACUGAUCAUGAAAGGCGUGACCACACUUGACGUUGAGGUGGCUUGUUUGGACAUAAGCCCUCUGGGGGACGGUGUAACAACCUCCGAAUAUAUCGCUGUGGGGCUCUGGACCGAUAUCACAGCCCGGAUUUUGCGCAUACCCGACUUGUCUGAAGCCACAAAGGAGUAUUUAGGGGGAGAAAUUAUACCCCGCUCGGUUCUAAUGACCUGUUUCGAGGGUCAUAGCUAUUUGUUGUGUGCCUUGGGUGACGGUUCAAUGUUCUAUUUCGUGUUUCACAAAGAUACGGGAACGUUAAGUGACAAAAAACGCGUCACUUUGGGUACCCAACCGACUGUUUUACGUACCUUCCGCUCGUUGAGCACUACGAAUGUUUUUGCUUGUUCGGAUAGACCGACUGUAAUUUAUUCAUCCAAUCACAAGCUCGUUUUUUCUAACGUUAACAUGAAGGAAGUUAAUCAUAUGUGUUCGCUUAAUGCCGAGGCAUAUCCGGACAGUUUAGCUUUAGCAACAGAUUCGUCCGUCACUAUUGGGACAAUCGAUGAGAUACAGAAGCUACAUAUUAGGACGGUGCCACUGCAGGAGUCUCCAAAGAGAAUAGCGUACCAGGAGGAGUCACAGACUUUUGGUGUUCUGACGGCCCGCAUCGACAUCCAAGACUCCACCGGCUUGAACCCGGCUCGUCCGAGCGCUUCAACGAUGGCUCAGUCGACAACAUCUUCAAGCAGUGUCGGGUCUCUCUCAAUGAGUAAAUCAGGGAGCAGCAGUUUGAUCGGUGGUAACAUAAUUCCCGACUACGGCCAAGAAGUCGAAGUCCACAACUUGCUCAUUAUCGAUCAACACACCUUCGAAGUAUUGCAUGCCCACCAAUUGAUGCAGCAAGAAUAUGCAAUGUCGAUAAUCUCAACCAAUCGCCUAGGUGGCGACAUGAACGAAUACUACAUAGUUGGCACUGCCACAGUCAAUCCAGAAGAAUCGGAACCCAAGCAAGGCCGCAUCUUAAUUUUCCAGUGGAACGACAAUAAACUAACCCAAGUGUCUGAGAAAGAAAUCAAGGGGGCUUGCUACUCCCUUGCGGAGUUCAACGGCAAACUCCUGGCGAGUAUCAACAGCACGGUGAGGCUGUUCGAGUGGACGGUGGAAAAGGAGCUGCGAUUGGAGUGCUCCCACUUUAAUAAUAUUCUAACUCUGUUUUUGAAAACCAAAGGCGAUUUUAUCCUCUUGGGUGACUUGAUGCGCAGCAUGACCUUGCUGCAGUACAAAACAAUGGAAGGUAGCUUUGAAGAAAUCGCGAGGGAUUAUAACCCGAACUGGAUGACGGCUGUUGAAAUACUCGAUGACGACAUUUUCCUAGGGGCUGAGAAUUCGUUUAACAUAUUCGUUUGUCAGAAAGACAGUGCCGCUACGACGGACGAGGAAAGGUCGCAAAUGCACGAAGUGGGGCGGUUUCACGUCGGGGACAUGAUCAACGUCUUCAGACACGGAUCUCUAGUUAUGCAAAAUCUGGGAGAGACUUCGACGCCGACCACAGGCUGUGUCUUGUUUGGCACAGUCAGUGGAGCCAUAGGUUUAGUGACGCAGAUAACCCAAGAUUUUUACGACUUUCUCCUAGAGCUGCAAAAUAAACUAUCGACGGUUAUUAAAUCGGUCGGUAAAAUUGAUCACUCCCAAUGGAGAGCGUUCAACACCGAUAUUAAAACAGAGCCGAGUGAAGGCUUCAUUGACGGUGACUUGAUUGAGAGUUUCCUCGAUUUGUCGCACGACAAGAUGAAGGAAGUGGCCGAUGGAUUACAGAUAACUGGGGAAGGUGGCAUGAAACAGGAUUGUACCGUCGAUGAUUUAGUCAAGAUGGUCGAAGAUUUAACGAGGAUUCACUAAUUUGUCAGGUGCGUUAUUAUUUUAUAUAUAACACCAGUGAAGUGUUAGGAUCUUAAGUAAAGUUGUCUUUUUUUGUCGUUAGUAAUAGAAAAAUAAAACUUCGUAUAAAACAA